CGCGGUCGCAAAAAUUCAACGUUCGUCCUGGUUCGCGAUUGUGUGUAUGUGUAUGUGUGUGCAGGAUCUAAUACCUAAAAUAAACAUUUAUUUGACCUCCAGCCGAUUAGUGAAACACAAAAAGUUACAGAAAUAAUAAACACUCUUUGAAGUGAGCUCGCAAAAUAUAAAUAUAAGAAACGUUUGAAAAUUCAAUUUCCCUGAAGAAAUUCCAUCUCAAUACCACCUUAAGCUGAAGACAUCAAAAAAGGGAUAUUAAUUGCUGUGCGUAAACAUUCGGAGCUUGAAUCCUGGCAAAUAAAGCGUGCGGAAAAGCCUUGGCUACAUUUCCCUCCUCUUAUUGAGUCCGCGUGGCAUGCAACCGUGUAGUCCAGCGGGAGAAGUCGCCAUGAUGCCGCCGUCGAAGAGUCCCGUGAUGGAGAGCGCCGCCUCCGACCAGAAUCCUGGCCAGCAGAGUCAGCAGGACGAGCAGAGCGCCAAGCGGGCGUGCCCUUUAAAGUUCUCGAUUGCGAAGAUCAUGGAGCCGGAUCACAGGCCCAGUGUCCAAGUGGCGCCACCGCAGCCUGCCCCAGUUUCCUUCAUCAGUAACGAUGACGACGAGGAUGAGGAUCCGGAAAUCGAUGCGGAUUCGGAGCGCUCCUGCAGUCCCAUCGAGGUGAUCAGUUUGGACCAGUCGCCAGUGAACUAUGACUCCGCUUUUAAGAAGUAUGUCCCGGGUGUCUGUUCGGGCGCCACUUCAUCAGUCUCGUCGCCAUCGAGCACCGCUGCUGUGCAACAGUUUGUGAGCUCCCGCCACCAGGAGCUGCUAUCCCAGUACCCCCUGCUGUACUACGCCCCCAAUCAGCUAAUGUGCGCCGCUGCUGCCGCCCAGUACGCCGCCCUGACCGCCCAACAACAAUCGCUGGCCAGUGCCGCCCACCUGAGCAGCUUUACCGCCUCGCUGAAUGCCAGUCUGCAUCACUCGCAGUCGCUGCGCAGGAAUUUGGGUCACCCUUUGGCCGCGGCAGCUGCUGUGGCGGCUGUGGCCCAAUCCCAGGUGGUGCCCAAUCUGCAGCAGAGUCUGGAAAAGUCACCGGUGGCCCAGAGGACACCGCAGGGAUCGGGAUUGCCGGCCAAUCUCAAGAGGAAACGAUCGCCGCAGGAUCAGGGGGAGGUGACCCCACCGCCAGCAGCUGCGGCAGGAGCAACUUCCAAUGGAGGAGGAGCAGGAGCUGGGGCACGAUCAAGGUCUCCUUCGCCUCAGGGAUCCCUGGAGGACAGCAGUCCGGGAUCUGCCAGCGGAGGCAAGCCCAAGACCUUCUCCUGCCUGGAAUGUGGCAAGGUGUUCAAUGCCCACUACAAUCUCACCCGCCACAUGCCCGUGCACACCGGAGCUCGUCCCUUCGUGUGCAAAGUGUGCGGCAAGGGAUUCCGGCAGGCGUCGACACUGUGCCGGCACAAGAUCAUCCAUACGUCGGAGAAGCCGCACAAGUGCCAGACCUGCGGCAAGGCCUUCAACCGAUCCUCCACCCUCAACACCCAUUCGCGCAUCCAUGCCGGCUACAAGCCCUUCGUUUGCGAGUACUGCGGCAAGGGGUUCCACCAGAAGGGCAACUACAAGAACCACAAGCUGACGCACAGCGGCGAGAAGGCCUACAAGUGCAGCAUCUGCAACAAGGCCUUCCAUCAGGUGUACAAUCUCACCUUCCACAUGCACACGCACAACGACAAGAAGCCCUAUACCUGUAGGGUGUGUGCCAAGGGAUUCUGCCGUAACUUCGACCUGAAGAAGCACAUGCGGAAGCUGCACGAGAUUGGCGGUGAUCUGGAUGACCUGGACAUGCCACCGACCUACGACCGGAGGAGGGAGUACACGCGCCGGGAGCCCCUCUCCGCGGGCUAUGGUCAGGCCUCGGGGCAACUUACGCCGGACUCGAGUUCGGGGAGCAUGUCGCCACCGAUAAAUGUGACCACGCCGCCCCUUUCCAGUGGGGAGACGAGCAAUCCCGCCUGGCCCAGAUCCUCCUCCGUUUCCCAGUAUCCCGCCGGCAGCUUCCACCACCAGCUGGGAGUGGCUCCUGGCCACGAUUACCCCAGUGGCUCCGCCUUCCUGCAACUCCAGCCGCAUCAGCAACAGCAUCCGAAUCCGCAGCAACCACAUCAGCAGAGCCACCAGCAGAGACUCUCGGAGACCUUCAUUGCCAAGGUGUUUUGACAGCGAUACUAUGCCGACAGCUUGAACAGCUCCACGGGGGCGUCGACAUCGACGACCAGCUCCACGGUGACCACCACCACCACCAGCACCACCACGGCCAUCUCAUCCAUGGCCAGUUCGAGGAGCGAUCUCCUGAUCGACUGACUGCAGUUUGUGGCGGCGGCGGCCGCUGCUAGCAACUCGAAUUCCGGGCAGGAUCCCGGCGGCGAGUCUCCGUCCCCGGAACUCGGGUGUACGGCAUUGGGCAGUGCUGUCCGGGCACUCAAUGGACUCUUCUAGGCCCAGGAAGACCUACCCACCUCUUCGCCCCGCCCACAGAACCUGAACAGCCACCAAAUGGUUUCAACUUGUGCAAUAUCCCACUCGGAGGAUGAUGAUGAUGAUGAAGACCCAACCGCUCAACACAUUUCCCUUCAAGAAAUCCAGAAUUUUGUAUAUAGUAUAUCCCUAGGAAGUCCCGAUGUGUUACCCCUUAGUCAUAGAAACACUCAACUUAAGCAUUUUUCUCAAUGUUUAGAUGUAGCUAAAGGAUUUACCUAGUUAGUCACGAAUGUGUAUCGCUCUGAGUCCUGUGUAGAUCGACUACAUGGUUUCUCCAGAGCGCUUUUCGAUUUAGGAAGUUAUGUUUCUGGCAUUGUAUUAGAGCUUUUUUGGGGUCUGUCAACCGACAUACAUAAAUGGAAAUGUAUCUUAGAGUUGUACUAGAUAUCUGUACUGUACGUAUAUCCCUAAGUGUCUGUGUAAUCCAACGCGAAUGAAAAAAGAAAUUGAGAAACAUUUUAACGCCGAUCGAUGAAUGCAUUGAAUUUGUUUAGGACUUAAGUGAUAUUAUUGAUAAUGUUUAAG